AAUUCAAGAAGGGAAUGUGGAUCAAUUUCGAUCUUGUUCAUGACUCCAUUUGGAAAACUUAUUCAAUCGUCAGCAGCGAAUGAAGAAGAGCUUCCUAAAGAUUGCUUUGCCUCCUUUGCAUGGAAAGAGAUUGCAGGUUCAAUGUAUAAGCAUACAUACUCUGAGUCUACCGUUCCACGUAGCUGAAGUGUUUCCCAUACCAAAUGUCAAGGAUUCUUGCAGCAUUAAUUGGAGGUGCUGCAGGAGCCAUGGCUUUGAUGGGGAUGAUAAUGGUAUUUCUAUGGUUCUGCCUGUGUCAAAAUAGGAGCAUUUCAAGAACCUCCGAGACCGGUUCAUCUGAUCCAUCUGUUCAAGUGGGAAGAAACAUCGGGCAUGAGUUGUCCUUAGCAGGAGGUGUAUCUCUUCCACCUGAGUUACAUGAAGCUAGGAGUUUUACAAUGGAAGACUUGGCUUUGGCUACAAAGAACUUUAAUGAUAUUAAUUUCAUUGGAGAAGGAAAAUUUGGAAAGGUGUACAAAGGUUUUCUUCAUGAUGGAAUGAUUGUGGCCAUAAAAAAGCGACUUGGGAUGCCAACUCGGGAAUUUUUUGAGGAGGUGCGUUAUCUGUCAUCUAUUCGGCAUCGAAAUCUUGUCAGCCUUCUCGGGUACUGCCAGGAAAAUGAGCAACAAAUGCUAAUUUACGAGUAUAUAACCAAUGGAAGUGUUUCUAGUCAUUUAUAUGGUGCGGGUCAGGUUUCUCAUGAAAAGAUAGAAUUCAAGCGUAGAAUCUCAAUAGCUCUAGGGGCAGCUAAAGGUUUGGCUCACCUCCAUUCAUUGAGCCCCCAUUUGGUACAUAAGGAUUUCAAAACAGCCAAUGUUCUCGUAGAUGAAACUUUCAUUGCUAAGGUUGGAGAUGCUGGGCUUCACAAUUUACUUGGUGGAGUUGAUGUUGCAGGUCCAUCUUCCCGAAUGAUGGCUGACAAUGUAUUCCUUGCUCCAGAGGUGAAAGAGUUUGGAAGAUUCUCAGAAAAAAGUGAUGUGUAUAGCUUUGGAGUGUUUCUACUGGAGCUGGUGAGUGGACGAGAAGCAGACCAAUCCGUAUCUUCUGGACUUGAUCAAAAGUUGGUUGAAUGGGCACAAAAUUAUCAGGACUCAAGCAACAUAUCCUCAAUUAUAGAUCGCAAAAUGGGCAGAAGUUUCACAACUGAAGGCAUGAAGGAGUUCAUACAGCUGACUGUCCACUGUGUGGAAUUCUCUAGUGAGAGGAGGCCUACCAUGAACCAUGUGGUAGCAGAACUGGAUCGGAUACUCGAGAAAGAAAUGAGCUUGACAACAAUCAUGGGUGAAGGCACCACCACUGUCACUCUCGCGAGCCAGCUAUUUACUACUUUAAGAUAAGAGAGUUGGUAUAGCUUGUCGAUAUUGUUUAUGCAAUCUUUGUGAGUUAUUCUUUGAAAUAUAGAGUAAAAGAUCCAGCUGUUUGAUAAGUGUAUAGAAGAACAGCUGUAUUUUUCCUUAUUUUUAACCCAUAAUUGUAUGAGAAAUCAUCUUGU